AUGCCACCUGCCAGUGCCCAUCAGUGCCACAUUUCAGUGCCCAUCAGUGCCACAUAUCAGUGCCCAUCUGAGCUGCCUUUCAGUGUCGCCCAUCAGUGCCAGUCAGUGCCACCUAUCAAUGCCAGUCAGUGCCACCUAUCAGUGCUGCCAAUCAGUGCCACUUAUCAGUGCCAGUCAGUGCCGCCUAUCAGUGUGCGUCAGUGCUGCCUAUCAGUGCCCGUCAGUGCUGCCUAUCAGUGCCGCCUAACAGUGCCAGUCAGUGCCGCCUAUCAGUGCCACCUAUCAGUGCCGCUUAUCAGUGCCAUAUAUGAGUGCUGCCUUUCAGUGCCCAUCAGUGCUAGCAGUGCCUCCUCAUCAGUGCCCAUCAGUGCCACCUAUCAGUGUCCAUCAGUGCAGCCUAUCAGUGCCCAUCAC